AUGGGUACUGCAGCGUCGAGUUCUGCUUUGGAGAAGAGUUACGAACUCCCAGAUGGUCAAGUUAUCACUAUUGGUAAUGAGCGAUUCAGAUGUCCAGAAGCUCUUUUCCAACCUAGCUUCUUGGGGAUGGAAUCCGCCGAUAUACGAAAGGAUUUGUACGCAAACACAGUAUUAUCAGGUGGAAGUACAAUGUAUCCUGGUAUUGCUGACCGUAUGCAAAAGGAGAUUAGUGCACUAGCUCCGAGUACUAUGAAGAUUAAGAUAGUUGCACCACCUGAGAGGAAGUACUCUGUAUGGAUUGGUGGUUCUAUUUUGGCUUCACUAUCAACAUUCCAGCAGAUGUGGAUUUCCAAACAGGAAUAUGAUGAAUCUGGUCCCGGUAUUGUUCAUCGCAAAUGCUUUUAA